CUGAUUUAAAUGUAAACAAAAGAACAAGAAUGCUUAGUCUAAGAAAAAUCAAUUUUAAUUCAAUAAAAACGAUCAAAAAUAGUAUAAGGACAUUUAUAAACGUUAUAUAUGAGCCUGGAGAAGUUGAAUCAAGUUAUGUUGUGCCUGAUCACAUCAUUAAACCAAGUUAUUACACAGAAAUAAAUAAACCAGCAAAUUUAAUUGGAAAAAUAAACAUUAACAAUGAAGAUCAGAUCAAAAAGAUGCGGAAGAGCUGUAAAAUUGCUGCCAAUAUACUAGAGAAGUGUCAUGAGAUUGUCAAGCCAGGAAUCUCAACGCAUGAAAUCGACAGAUUUGUAUUCAAUGAAAUCAUCAAACAGAACUGUUAUCCAUCGCCACUCUAUUACUGUGGCUUUCCAAAGGCUAUUUGCACUUCCGUAAAUAAUGUAGCAUGUCAUGGGAUUCCAGACAGCAGGAAGUUAAUGGAUGGAGACAUCAUUAAUAUUGACAUAACUGUAUUUCAUGAGAAUUGCCACGGAGAUUGUUCAAAGACUUUUUUGGUCGGAAAAGUUGACGAUAAUGGAAGGUACCUAGUCUAUCAUAAUGAUAAAGGACUUUAUGAAGCCAUAAAGAUCUGUAGACCUGGAGUUGAUUUCCGUGAAAUUGGGAAGGCUCUUCAAGCAUAUGCAAACAGAGCAGAAUUAAAUAUUGUUCAAGAUUUCAUUGGUCAUGGCAUUGGCGAGGAGUUUCAUUGUCCACCAGAAAUUUAUCAUUUUGAGAAUGACUACGAAAUCGGAACUAUGGAAAAGGGUAUGAUAUUCACGAUUGAGCCAAUAUUUUCAGAAGGAGCUGGUGAAAUUGAGUUAUGGGAAGAUGAAUGGACUGUAAGCACAGUAGAUAAUAGCAGAACUAGUCAGCAUGAACAUACAGUCCUUAUAAAUGAUGAUUCUUGUGAAAUUUUAACGAUGCCUGAUUCGUCAAAUUAAUACAUUUUUGUUUUACAAAAACAAGCUUCAAGGUUUGAUUAUUUUAAGAAAGUUCUAGUUAUAGUUUAUGCAAUAAACAUGAGCAUUUCAUUAGUCUCCAACAUGUCAGUCAGUAAUGUUUCUAUGCCAACUGUUGCUUCUUUCUUUAUUAUUUCGCAUAAAACAAAGUUAUUGCCU